CCAAAUAACCGAGUCAAAAGGGUUAUUCGACCGAGAGCACAACCAAUUCACCUCUCUUCUCUCUUUCCCCCUCCCUCUCUAUCCUUCCAACUCCUCUGCCACUCUCUCUCUCUCUCUCUCCAUCUCUCCCUGCUUCGUCUACUGGAAUUUCGAUGGCAAGGCAGCACACGCGUUAACCUUCUGAUUCAUCGCCCGAUUCGAAUUUCCAAGUUAGGGUUUGCUGUCCGUUAUUUGUAGAGACGCCAAUUUGUUGUUUAUUGAUCUUAUUCGAUCAAUUUCAUUCGUGUUGGACUUUGGGGGGUUCAUACGAAGUUUUCAGCUCCGAUCGAACUUUGUUUGUAUCUCCUCGUAGAUCGCAUCUCAUCCUUUUUUUUUUUCUGGUAUCUCUCUCUUUCUCCCUCUCUCUCUCUGCAUACCCACACGCACACACGUACAUACAUAGAUGAGUAUGUAUACAUUUCAUUUACAUUUUUCUACAUGGUAUGGACCUUGAAUGUUCUGAAGAUAGAAUUGGGUUUAUUAGUCCACAUUUCGAUGCCAGUUUCCAGCUUCACGUAUUUAUAUAGGGUUUCGAAUGCAAGAAAGGGUGUUUAUGCUGAAUUGAAAGUGAUAUGUUGAGAUUAUUGGUACGCGGGUAUAAGAACUUGUUUUCAACUAGUUGAGAGAAGAGGAAGAAGGAGACCGUCGAGAGAAGAGAUCGACGCCUACUGGUACAAGACAGCCGUUGAUCUGGUCAAGGGUUUUCUGCAAUGCACCGAGUGGGCAGUGCAGGGAACAAUAAUUCAGUUCGUCCCCGUAAGGAGAAGAGGCUGACUUACGUGUUGAACGAUGCUGAUGACACAAAGCAUUGUGCAGGGCUGAAUUGUUUGGCUGUGUUGAAAUCUUCAGCCAUAGAUGGAUGUGAUUACCUGUUUACUGGAAGCCGUGAUGGCACAUUAAAGAGAUGGGCACUGGCUGAAGAUGGAGCAACUUGCUCUGCUACAUUUGAGUCACAUGUUGAUUGGGUAAAUGAUGCUGUAAUUGUAGGUGGUAAUACUCUUGUUUCCUGCUCCUCAGACACUGCACUCAAGACAUGGAGUUGCUUUUCUGAUGGAAUUUGCACCAGCACUCUUCAUCAACACUCAGACUAUGUUACAUGUCUUGCAGCAGCCCCAAAAAAUAGCAAUAUUAUUGCAUCUGGUGGCCUUGGUGGGGAGGUUUUCAUUUGGGAUCUGGCGGCUGCACUUACUCCAACCUCUAAGACAAGUGAUGCAACGGAAGAUGAUUGUUCAAAUGGAAUCAAUGGUCCAGGAAAUCCACUACCUGUUACUAGCCUUCGAACUAUUGGCUCAAGCAACAACAUGUCUUUGCAUAAUAAUCAAGCUCAAGGUUAUACUCCCAUUGCUGCAAAAGGCCAUAAGGAGUCAGUCUAUGCUUUGGGAAUGAAUGAUAGUGGGACAGUUCUUGUUUCUGGUGGAACUGAGAAGGUUGUGCGUGUUUGGGACCCAAGAACUGGUUCAAAGACCUUGAAGCUUCGUGGGCAUACUGAUAACAUUAGGGCUCUGCUCUUAGAUCCUACUGGAAGGCUAUGCUUAUCUGGAUCAUCAGAUUCUAUGAUCAGGCUAUGGGAUAUUGGUCAGCAGCGUUGUGUGCAUUCUUAUGCAGUGCAUACAGAUUCUGUUUGGGCACUUGCUAGCACUCCAACAUUUAGUCAUGUUUAUAGUGGUGGGAGAGACCUCUCUUUAUAUUUGACAGACUUGGCAACAAGGGAGAGUGUAUUGCUUUGUUCCAAGGAACAUCCUAUUUUGCAGUUGGCAUUGCAUGAUGAUGAUAUUUGGGUUGCAACGACAGAUUCUUCUGUAGACAAGUGGCCUGCUGAAGGUCGUAAUCCUCAGAAGGUCUUUCAAAGAGGUGGUUCAUUCUUGGCUGGAAACUUGUCAUUCUCAAGGGCAAGGGCUUCCUUAGAAGGAUCCACUCCCGUUCCUGUGUAUAAAGAACCAUCCUUAACCAUUCCUGGCACUCCGGGAAUAGUGAAGCAUGAAAUUCUAAAUAACAGGAGACAUGUCCUAACUCAGGAUGCCGCUGGAUCAGUUAAGCUGUGGGAGAUCACCAGGGGUGUUGUAAUCAAAGACUAUGGAGAGGUUUCGUUUGAGGAGAAAAAGGAAGAACUGUUUGAGAUGGUAAGCAUUCCCGCAUGGUUUACUGUGGAUACGAGGCUUGGAAGCUUGUCUGUCCAUUUGGAUACACCUCAGUGCUUUUCUGCAGAGAUGUACUCAGCUGACCUUAACAUUGUUGGGAAACCUGAGGAUGACAAGGUUAAUUUGGCUCGCGAAACCCUUAAGGGGCUGUUGGUUCAUUGGUUAGGCAAGAGAAGGCAGAGAUUUGGACCCCAAGCUUCAGCCAAUGGAGAAGUUCCCUCUUGCAAGGAUAUUUCUUCCAGGAGCCUUACACUUCCAAGGGUUGAGGUAGAUGGUAAUCCUGAAAAUGAUUCAGUGGUUUAUCCCCCAUUUCAAUUUUCAACAGCUUCCCCACCUUCCAUUAUCACCGAGGGCUCUCAAGGUGGUCAAUGGAGAAAGAAAAUUACAGACUUAGAUGGAACUGAAGAUGAGAAAGAUUUUCCUUGGUGGUGUCUGGAUUGUGUAUUGAAUAAUCGCCUGCCUCCCCGGGAAAAUACCAAAUGCAGCUUUUAUUUACAUCCUUGUGACGGUUCAGCCAUACAGAUUCUCACGCAAGGGAAACUGAGUGCACCCCGCAUACUGAGGAUACAUAAAGUCAUUAACUAUGUCAUUGAAAAGUUGGUUCUCGAAAAACCGUUGGAUGGCAUGGAAGCUGAUUCCACUUUUGCUCCUGGACCACCUGGAGGCCAGCUACAGCAUCCAGUUGUGGGAGGGGAUGGUUCUUUCCGGCCUGGGUUGAAGUCUUGGCAAAAGCUAAAGCCUUCUAUAGAGAUCUUGUGCAAUAAUCAGGUCUUAUCCCCUGACAUGAGCCUAGCAACAGUCCGGACCUAUAUAUGGAAGAAGGCAGAGGACCUUGUCCUUAACUAUCGAGUGGUCCAAAGCAGGUGAUACCAUGGCCAUCCAGGUGAUGAGUAUAGGCUUGCUUCCAUGUGAAUGGUAUUUUGUUUGCGUUCCUCAAAUUUUUCUUAUUUGCAAUUUGGUGCUGUAAACCGUAUAUGUUGCAUUUCCAAGCAUUUAGUUAGUCUUGAGUUUCCCCUUUACUAUUUCUUAGUGUCACUGCUCGUUGGAGGAUAUAAUUCCUCUUGUUUUUCUUCUGGGUGAUUAUUUUAAGGUGAUGAACCAAUUACAAGAAUCCAUCAUGUGAAGGCACACAAUGGUAAAAUAACCAAGACAAGGGAUGCUGCAUCUUUUGUUCAUUUGAUUCGAACUGUUGCCUUAAUUUCGUUUUAGUUAUUCAUCUCUAGUGCCGCAACAGUGAAUUCUGUACUCUUGCCUUGCAGAUCAGAUGUCAUCUAUCUGGUAUUAUCAUUUUUGUUCUGAAACAUUGCAAGUUAAUCCUAUACUAAGCCAAAAACUAUGGAGAUGGGAUAUGCUUAGCAGUCUAUUGUGAAGUUGACCGGGUCAAGUCAAUCUGUAAAAUUUUGUUUGAAACAUAUAUCUUGACCUUGAAACUAGCCGUUACUAUAAGUAGAGGAAUAUCGGUCGCAUUCUGAUACUAUCUCUUAUGUUGUUUCUUAAUGUUUGUAGGGUUUUGAACAAGACCUUUGGUAAUGAAGAUUUUGGGGGUUUGUAGAAAGCACUGGAGUGGGUUCUAGUGGUGGUUGUGUUGGUCAGAUUCAUUUAUUGCUUUAUUGUAAAGCUGGGUAGCCUUUCAGUUGCUCAAUUUAGCAGUACGCUCGAUCUGUAGUGUCGAGAAACCUUGGGCAAAAAUUUCUAGUUGAACAAUUGGUAUAGGAAUUUUGAGCUGUCUAGCCAACAAACAAGCAGCUGAGUUUGGAACACAGUGAAUGUCUCGUGGGCUGAGUUUGGAAAUGCGAUGGAAGGUUUUUCUACUCCGAAAUCUUGGUGGGCAUAAGGAGCAUCCCGAGGGGACCGACCUGUAGCAUAUAUAAUACGGUGUAGAAAUCUUGGUGAGAAAGAAAAUGAUGUAUUGUGGGGUACAGUAGCUAGCAAAACCACACUGCUGGUAAUGGAGGUGAUUUUGAGUUUUCCCUGGAAAUAAUACAGUGGACUUUUGGUCAAAGUAGUUGCUCGAUGAUAGCAAAUUAGCAAUACAUCUUUGGUUUUUGUUCUUUGGCUUCUCUGAUCUUUGCUUGCUUCUGUACAUGGUUACUACUAUAAUGGGAGAGAGGUGGAUUUAAAUGUGUCAACAAAAAACUCUUGGCUGCAAAGCAUCACUUAACAAAUUUCAGUAGUUUGUAUUGA